UUGGUGGUAUCGCCCAUCCCAUCUGUUCAGCUCCAGUGAGACUCUGAUUGAAGCAGAUUGUAGGACGCUCCACCGGGUCGCAAUGGCAACCGUCGGAACAGGACAACAGCAGUAACUUUUUGUUUAGUGUUUGUAAUGUUACAGAGGCACUAUAAGUCGCUGAAGAAACUACUUUCUAAUGUGAGAACAAUUUCUCAAGUGCUAAAAUGUCCCAGGGAUGUAGAGUUUCUGUGGAAGAGCUCCAGUGUUGGUGGGAAGUCCCCGCCAUAGCGCACUUCUGCUCGCUGUUCAGGACCGCGUUCAACCUGCCUGACUUUGAAAUAGAGGAGCUGGAGAAAGCCCUGUCAGAGCAGGACUUUGACUUCCUCGGAGACCUCAUUGCUUGUCUGUUGCAGGGAUGCUACCAGCGCAAUGACAUCACCCCCGAGGCAUUCAGCGGUUACCUGGACGACAUCAUCAGCUACCGGUGGGAGCUGGAAGAAGGGAAGCCCAACCCACUUCGAGAUGGUCCCUUUGAGAAUCUGCCUCCUCGCACCCAGGUGGAACUGCUGCACCGGCUGUGCGACUACCGCCUAGAUGCCGCUGAUGUCUUUGACCUGCUUAAGGGACUGAAUGCAGACAGCCUGAGAGUGGAAUCGCUGGGGCAGGAUGGAAACGGAGCCCUCUACUGGUACUUUUAUGGCACUCGUAUGUACAAAGAAGAGCCGGUCAAGAGGAAAGCAGGGAAGAUCAGUGAAGCCACUGAGCUGACAUUACCAGAGAAGAAGAAAAGGGGAAGACCACCAAAGAAGAUAAAAUUGGAAGACCCUCAGCUAAAUGAGGUGGAAAGUGAAGUGACAGAAGUGAAGACCGAAAAUGGACUGGAAGAUGUCCGCCCUAGCACAGCAGGCCGUAAGCGAGGCACUUGGUCCCUCGUGUGUGAUACAGAGGAACAAUGGGUCGGUCUGGCUGAAAGCAUCAAGGACAAAACCUCCCCACAGGACCGCCACCUCUACCGUGUCAUCAGCCAGAACUUCCUACCUGAGAUCAGCAGCAUGAUUGAGCACAAGGAGCGGGAGCUGAAACAGAAGCUACUGGACCCAACCCCAGUUCGCAUAUCACAACGGUUCUCUGAAAAACACAUUACCCUAGAGGAGGAGGACAAUCUGAAGGCCACAGCAGAAGAGGAGAAGAAGAAAGAUGAAGAGCUGGACAGGCAGGUCCUGCUGGCCGAGCAGCGACGAGAAGAGGAAAGGCUUCAGCAGGAAGAACAACAAAGAGAAAAGAUGGAGAGGAUCAAAGCUGCGGAGGAGCGUGCAAAGAGGCGAAAGAUGCGCGAGGAAAGGGCCUGGCUACUGUCUCAAGGAAAAGACCUUCCACCUGAACUCUUGAAUCUGGAGCCUUCUUCUCCCGUCCACAGAACACGCAGGAAUAAAGCAUUCUAUGAAAUUGAUGACGACUACACUGCUCUAUACAAAGUGCUGGAGGUCUUGAAAGCCCAUAAAGAUGCCUGGCCUUUCUUGGAGCCCGUGGAUGACUCCUAUGCCCCCAAUUACCACGAGAUCAUCCAGACUCCCAUGGACAUGUCCACCAUUGAAAAGAAGCUCAAUGACGGGGACUACGUUGCUAAGGAGGAGUUUGUUGCCGACGUGAAGCUCAUGUUUGAGAACUGCAUCGAGUACAAUGGAGAAGACAGUGAGUACACCAUCAUGGCGGAGUCUCUAGAGCGGUGUUUUAGCCGGGCCUUAUUAAAACACUUUCCAUCAGAGGAUGGCGACACAGACGAGGAAUUCCACAUCAACAGUGAAGAUAAAGAGCGCAAGGACAAAAAGCGCAGUCGUGGCAGCAGUAGACAUUUGGGACCUGAAAGUCUGAUCAGAGCCACCGAGCAAGUCCAGCGUAAGCGAAACUCCCAAGGGGGCAAGGGCAGCGCACUGUCAGAGGAAGAGGACAGCAAACCAACACGACCACCUCUUCCCCUUCACUGGGCCAACGGUCCCCCUCACCCCCACAGCCUGCCUCCUGGCCAGCAGCACAUUCAUGAAGGAGACAUCAGGGGCAUGUACCACCCAGGGCAACAGCUCCGUCGUCCACCCGGCCCCCCUGGUCCUCAUGGCCCACACAUGUAUGGCCAAAGAAUGCCCAUGGAUCCCCGCUUCUCUUACCCAGCUCACAUUCCCAGGCAUGGAGACCCCAGUUUGAACCGCUUACCCCACAACUUUAACAUGCAGCAUCGCAUGGUUGAAGGACAUCACAUGGGUCCUAGGUAUCAAAUGGUGGCAGAUCCUAACCAGCAGCAACCUUCACACCAGCAGCAGCACCCUUACAUGGGUCCGACUCAUGGCCCGUCUCUGGGCCCCCGUCCCCUGGGCCUCCAGCCUGGCCCUCCUCCUGAAGCCAGCAUGUAUCCGUCCCACCACCGUCCAGAGGGCCACACCAUGCACUCCAUGGGCAACAGAUUCCCAGGGCCAGAGGGACCACCUCAGCACAAUUACCCAGGCUUAAGGCCCUCUGGUAUGGGCCUGUCCAACAUGUGGACCGGUAUGAAUCACCAGGAGAGACCCAAUGGGAUGCGCAUGCAGGAUCCCAACAUGGUGAACCAGCGCAACUUUAGUUACGGUGGAGUUCCCCCUCCAGUGGGGCAUAAACCGUGGCCGGAAGCUGCUGGAUACCCCAACCCUCCUCCCAAUGCCCAGUAUCAAAUGUCUGCAGCGGUCAGCUCCCCGGGGCCCAUGUCCUCACGCCCCCCUGUUCCCCACCCAGACUCCUCUGGCAGGACACGCUUGGCUUCCAUGCUGGAAAGCCCAGAGAUGCUGGCCCUGCAGCAGCUGUCAGCCUCUUCUGGACCCCCUGCUGGUGCCCCUCAUCAGCACAUGGGCAACUUUCAGCAGCCUGGGCCCCCAUCAGGAAUUGGCAGCAUCCCAGCUCACCCCUCUCAGCAGCCUCCCCCUGCCCCUGAGGUUCAGCUGCUGCGUCCUGCUAGAGACAAUGGGCCAGACAGCCAGCCUUCCCAACAGACAGACAUGCAGCCCAAAGACGCAACAUCAGAGAACAAAAUGGCUGCCAGCAACAUUUCUGAUGAAGCUUCAUCGCACCAAAUCACUGUUCCACUUAACCAAGAGCACCCAUCCAUCCGUAGCCCCACAGAUCACCAUGCUGGGCCAGCAGAGGGAAUGCAGAGCCCCCCAGCCUCUAUCUCGGGCAGAUCACAGGAGAAUCCGUCUGGACAAGGGCUCCCACAGAGUUCAACAGAGAGCCACAAGCAGGAGGUGGACGGCCUGAGACAAUCUGCCAGCCACUGUCCCAUUCAACACACCGGUGCCAUUACUGUUUCACCCCAUCUCAACCCAAGUAACGACAGCUCCACUGAUCCCACACAGAGCAGUCCACAGCAAAAAGCUCAGAGCCCCGCACUUCUUCACCAGAACGCACCGCCACUGCAUGUCGCAGCAUCUCAGAAUCAGCAAAUGUCAGAGAGCAACUUGUCACACGUGCAGAACGCACAUCAGCAAAGUGAACAGCUGAACAUCCAAAAACAGCAGCAACCUCAGGCAACCCAGAGUACACCUCCCCAGUGCCACCCUCAGCGCUCCCCCCAGCAGAUGACCCAGGGCACACAGCAACACAAUUCUCUGCUUACCCCUCAUCACGUCCCCCAAAACAUCUCUCCGCAACGUCCUACACAGAGCAGCCCCAUGCAUGGGAUGACACAGAGUGCUGCGCAAGGAGCCCAGCCUGGUCCUUCUCAGCCAGCUCCUCUCACCUUCUUGCCACCCAGUCAUCCUCCCCCGCUAUUACCUUCCCAGCCUAGCUCAGCAGACCACGGAGAUCAAAGACCUAGUGAGCCUACAAGUAGACCGGACACAGACGGCACUGCCGUUCCCCCACAGCACAUGGUGAAAGCCGGGCCUCCAAACGGUAUCUAUAAACACCAGGCUUUUAGCCCCAAUCAGCAUCAAACCCAGCUGGUGGCUAGUAACCCCGGUAUGCUGGCUCAGAGAGGCCCAGCACCUUCUCACUCUCAAGGCCAGGUAAAUGGAGCCAUGGGACCAUAUGGCAUGGGGAACCAUCCACAUCCACACUACAGCCAGACGAACAUGACCAGGCCCAUGCCGCCCUCUGCUCACCACCCUUAUCACAACCAGGCUAUUAACCCCCUCCACAAUCCUGCUCAGCACCCCACCUAUCACCAGCAGGGAGGGACUGCCUACUCCUACCACACGCCAGGCCAGCAGCACCCUCAGGCCCACCCCAACAUGUACCCACCUCAUCAGUACCAGCAGCAACACUACUUCCCACAACCCCACCCCCAAGCUCAGGCCCAUAACCAGGCCAACAGUAGAGGGAGUUAUCCUCCAGAAGAGUGGCACCGGUCUCAUUAUCAGUCUCGCCAACCGAUGCCACCCAGUGCCUACCUACCUGUAGCUAGUGCCAGAGGCAAUGGUCAGUUGAAGGAGAGCAGUGUGUCACCACUGGGCUCUGAGGGCUCCAGUGGUGCUAGUUUGGUGUCUCCUGGCCCCGUGCCUGAAGUAGGGCCGCCACACCCUGGAGGCCCAGAGGAGAGGAAGUGUGAAAGCAGGGAGCAGGCCAGUGGAUGCAGCGGCAGCGGUGGCAGCCCAGCAAAGCAGGCUCAUGCGGAGAGCUCAGAGCGACCUGAGAGCCCUAAAGAAAUCCUGGACCUCGACAGCCAUAAUGCCGCCGCCCGCCGCCGUAGCGCCCAGCCACCUCAACAGCACCCUCCUGCCUCCGCUGCGCACAUGGUGUCUGGCUUCAUGUACGACCCUCGUGCCGUCCACCCCGGUAUGCAGCGAGGUGGCGUUCCUCCACCCCACAUGAUGUUUCAGACUCACGGAAAUGGCAACAGAGCUCCUUACCCCGGCCAGCCAUACCCAGAUCCAGGACGCUAUGCCGCCCAAAGACCUCACCCACACCUGAUGGAGGCUCUGCAGCGGCCCCAGCAGCUGCCUUACUCGCCGGGUCAGACACGCAUGGCCAUGUACGGACACCCCCGGCCUGCGGGGCACUUCCAGGGCAUGAUGAUUCAGCAGAGAGGCCUGCCACCAGAUCACUUCCUACACCCAGGGCAACAGAUGAUGGCUGCUCCAGGCGGCCCUAGCAGUAAACAAGGAGUGUGACAAGUACCAUAUCAGAGCAUGUUAUCAUCAAAGAACAUCUGGACAAAGCAGUUAGCCAAAAGGAAGAACACGUGGGCAUGCCGACCGAGCUGACAGAGACUUUAGAUGGGACACUUUGCUCCACAUACAUCUCUUACUGAUUUUCUUACACUGGACAAGAACUUUUGGCUCUGUUUUGCCCACCACUGAACUUGGAAGAUCCAACUAGGCAGCUGGUAUUACUGAGAUGAUAAUAAUGUGAAAUGCUAUUGAGCCCUGGAGAACAAUUCUCUCUUUGCUUGCCCUUCUUCACAUGGAGCUCCGUGGAACUGCAGAAGAAGGGCAGCCUUUUUUAACCACUAGGCCAACCUGCCCAACACAGAGGACCCUGCCUCCAGGAAACACUGGACAGCCCUCUCCUCUUUGAGCAAUGGAAAUAUGAAUGGAUUAAAGGACGCUGAACACAGCCUGCCUGUCUUGGCUGUAGUGCUUUGAUGGAGCUGUUAAUCUACUGACCGAACUGUGAUGAAGACGAGAGGGACUGUUGUUUUUACUGCUAUUUUUUUCUGUUCCGACCCCUAUCUUUUAAACUCAGGUGUAGAAAAGGAGGUACUAUGAGACUGUCACCCUAGCCCAGUCAGCCCCCUUUGCAAUUGCCUUGAUCUCCUUUGUGAAUGUAUGAGUGAAUGUGUAGACAAUAAGGUGUGUACAGCAGAUUAGCUGCAUGUGAAGGGGCAUAAACGCUGAUCACUUGUCAGAAGCAUAAAACCGUCCUGAAAAAGGCCCAGUUACUGUCCAUUUCCACCCCCAAGUCUAUGGUGUUUCUCUCUAGUUCUGGAGUAAACACACAGUAUAUGCAUCUUUCAAAGCUGCCUUCAUUGUCAAGAAUGUCUGAUUAGCAGAGAGGGACCGGCAAAGAUGGCGCAAUUUGUAUCAGACUUUACCUAACUCUCUGUUAUGCACUAUGGAUUUCGUUAGUCUAGACAUCCUGGAAUUGAGUGGCCUUGGAUGGUCUUAUUUUUUAGUCAAACACGUAUAUGUAUGAAAAUGUAUCUCUUGUUCCAGAUGAGGGAACUUCUAAAAUGACAUAUCCUGCUAGCUGGUAAAUGCACAUACGCAGAACAAACACAUCAAAUCCUGCUGUUUUUUUUUUUUGUUUUUUUUUAUUGUGACAUUUGUUGCAUUCCACUUAACAGUGUGUGCUUUCUUUUUUCAUUCAUGGCCCUUCCCUUUGCAUGGUUGCUUCUUUGAGUGCUUCCUCUUCCCCAUGUCAAUGCUAAACGUAUGCUCAGGGUGUACAGUUUCUAUAUACGGGUAUUUUUCUGCAUUAUUUGAAGGAGAAGAAGGAAAACGGGACUGCAACCGUGGCAAAUCAAUCCACCUCAUGCGAAGGACGCAACUUUUAAGGGUCUGUAUUCAUUAUUCCAUAACAAUAUUUAGCUUAUCACACUGCCAACCUAUUUGAAACCCUGUCGUUUUUCAUUUUCGUCGAAGUUGAUUUGAAGUGAGAAGGAUCAAAUUUGAGUGAUUCUACAUUCCUGUUGAUCUGAUAUAAUAUCGUUUCUCCUCACAAUUAAUUGGGGCUCUCUUCUGACAAAUUUUUAAGAGCAACCAAUGUAUUUUAUCAUAACUGAUGUGGACUGUGGAGGUUUUGUCCUGCACCCUACUCCCUCAUCACAUCCAUGUUGCACCUGUGAACCCCACUUGUGCAGUUUAGUGAUGGCAGCAAAUUAAUCUACCUCAUCUAGCCAGUCAAUGGCAUCUACUGAGUCCCUCCACUUCCUCUCCUGCUCUGCCAGACGCCCGUGGGUCGACAUUUUGUGACCAGCUGACGUUUUUAGCACCACUUUUAGUUUGUAGGUUUACAAAACUGACAAUGAAAUGGCCUUACAGUACAUGACCGUCUUGGUCACAGGUUGCUGUGAAAGUGUACACUAUCUUUUUAAUGGGACAGCACUUUCAUUCUCAGUUUUUUUUAAAUGGAGUAUGGUGGACAAUAUUACAUCACAUGUCUAAAAUGGUACUCUGUAAAUUGGUCUCUAGUUGUACAGAUUGCAUGCCUUCCUGCCUAAAGGUUGUGGAAACUAGACAAAGUAGGCAGUAUCUCAGUCUAGGGUCUGUAAUAGACUGCAUAGAGUUUGGCGGCAUUAUGGGGUUUACUAUGUUCCUUAGUAAUAGGUACCCAAGGCAUUGUAAGGAAAUAUUUGAGGGAGGAUGAUGGAAUAGGAAAGUGCUAGAAGCUGUGAGACAAUUUUUUAAAUGUGUCACACAAGACUUGCUAUUUUGUUAAAAUAGGGAAUUGUCUCAAUAUUUAGUGGGCCUAAUAGGGCCACUUUUGAGGUAGCGUGUUCACUUGAGCUGUCUAAUGUAUGAAGGACAGUGUUGAUUUUAAAGGUCUGAGGUUGGUAUACCGUCUUAUGCUGUACAGAUGUGUGUGUGUGCGUGUGUUUGUGUGUGUGUGUGUGUUUCUGGUGCAUAGAAUCGGCGCCAGACGAUCGGAAGUGUGCAUUCAUCCCUCACUUUUACUCUGCUGUCAUCUCUCUCUGCACUAGUGAAAACCAUUUUAGAUGUGAUUAAAUGUGAAUCAUAUUUAUUUUUUCCCUUUUAAGAAUUUUUGUACAUUUUUUGGACUUGUUUUAAUAUAAAUGUGGUGUCUUUUUUUUUUUUUUCUUGAUGUUUUUAAGCAGUCGUCUUUUACCUCAGUAGCAUGGUGGCAUUGGAAAAAAAAAAAGACCUGUGCGUUUUAAUUUUUAAGUGACGUUUACAAGUUCUUAUCUGACUGACAUAGAUUAUUUUGGAAAUGGAAUCGAGUAUUUUCUAUACUGUACAUUUCUUAGAAAUAAAUCACUUUUCUCGAACAAGA